UGAUUGAGUAUGUGAAGUUCAAAUUCGCGUCAACACGCCCCUUGACAAUCACACGCGAGAAAUUCAUAUUGUUGUUUCGCUUUCACACCAUUUGGAUUUCCCGGCGCAGAACUAUUUGAUCGGCGCCGCCGCCAAUAUUCUCUUCUUCUCUUCCACAACAACAAACCCAACUUCGCAACAAUGGCAUCCCAUCAGAUCAUCCGCGACACUCUUCGCUGCACCGAGUGCGCCGUCAAGGGUGUACCCUGCAACAAGAUCGAUAUCAGCAUCAACCUGGAAAGACCCUGCAGCACUUGCCAUGCCAACGGCUGCCGCAAUGGUGAUAAUGCAGACAUGUGGCUGGCCUUCCGCAGCACAGUCAUCAACGAUAUCGUGCCUGCUCACCUGGUCAACAACCUCAAGGCCCUGCUCGACGCCAACUUCGCCAACGACCCUGUCCUCCUCUUCGCCUCCCUUGCCCUCGUCGCCUACUCUCCUGUAUGGGUCCAGUACAACCUCGGUCCUGGCCUCCUGGACCAGGCGACUGACCUCAAGAGAACCUUCCGCUAUGACAACAACUCUUGCUUCACUGGCUUCGUCAUGCAUCUUAUCCUCGCCCCUACCCUCAUGGCAUGUCUCCUGAGCGGACCCACCGACACUCUUGCCGCCGACCUUACCGGUACGCUCCGCUUGAUCGCAGUCAUGAAGAACACCAUCCUCCCUUACCACCAAAUCUUCGACGGCAACCUCGACUCCAGAGCCUUCAUCCGCAACUCUCUGAGCACCGGUCAUCAGGCCACUGCUUCUGUACUCGAACAGCGUCAACCUGUCUCGGCCAUGAUUGGUCUGAUCAACGCCAUUCCCGCCACCACAUGGGGCAACCACACAGACGAUUGCAAAAAGUUCCUGCGCAUCGCUAUCACUGAUGUCUAUGAGCUUGACGACAGACGUAUCCGUGCCCUGUCCCAAACCAACCCAGCCACCAAUGUCGAAAGAGAAGUCCUGCAGUGGCUUGCCGUCUCCCAGUUCCCUCCUGGAUUCCUCGACACAGUCGGAACUCACCAUCUUAUCGUACGAUCGCGCAAGUCCACCAGUCAGCGCUGUUAGGAAGGCUUGCAUCAUGAAGCUGGCUUAGACGAGCACAUGCCGAGAAGUUGGUUUGCGAUUGGAGAUAGCUGGAUAAUUCGACUCUGACAGAAGCAACCUGUUACAUGCGGAGUGUUUUUCCGAAUCGUGGCGCAGAUCAACAACAACCUUAUGUCGGCAGAAGAACAAGCUUCGAGGAUUUCUUGCAGAUCCCGGCCCAUGCAGAGAUAUAUAACGCCGUUGAGGGUCUGGCUUGCAGGACGUUUGUCGUGGCAGGCACGUAUGCAGGAUCUUCGGCACUUCGACACUGGUCUUGAUUGGUUGG